AUUACAAACAAGUUCUUGACCAGAAUGGACAAUGGCUCAACCAAAGCGAAGGGAAAGUUUCGAUUUGAAAAUAAUUGUCACAAGCAGAACUUUAUUAUAACGCUUUGUGUAUAUUUUAACUUCGUAUUACUGGGUUGGACGUACGGACAGCUUGGCACGGCGUUCGUGGACUUACAACAGAUUCUGGACACGAAUGUGCAACAGACGUCACUUAUCUUUACAAUGAACUCGAUCGGCUAUAUGCUUGGUAGCCUACUAAUCGGUGUCCUCUACGACCGUUUCGACAAACUCAAACUGCUCGGAAUCAUAACGAUAGUAAACGGGGUUACGAGUGCCGUGCUUCCCUGGUGCUCCAGGUUUGGGUUGUUCCUCUUUGUUCGUCUUGUGGACGGAUUCCUGUGUGGAGGCAGAGACGGAGGAGGCAUUGCUAGGGUAUCGGCAUGCUGGGGAUUCGCCGGCCGUCCGUACAUGCAGGCUUUAGGCUUUACGUACGCAUUUGGAGGAAUUAUCUCCCCCAUUGUUACAAGUCUCUACCUGGCGCCUAGAAUCGUAUUAAGCAACCAGACAUCAUAUGGCUUGUUUGCGAAUGAAACACAAAAAUACACUCUUCCACCAUCAAUGACACAACACGUGAUUUACAACAAAAGCAUGUUUGGAGAAAGAAAUAUGUUUUCAUCAACACCAAAUGCAACAGAGAAAGGGGAAACAUUUAACAAUUCGAAUAUUGUACAAGACGACACAAUUGUGUAUGGAGAGAGUAAAAUUCACAUUGCCUUUGUGAUCACAGGAUUGUUGACGGCCUUGUCUGGAUGUAUGUUUUUAAUUUUGUACUGCUUAGGGUAUGAACAUGUUCUGUCCUUUCGACCCACGGUGGCAACUGCACACCAAGAAGUCACGAAAGAUCAGCCUAUAUCGCAUCCAAGAAGAGCAACUUUGUCAAAAUCGCAGACGGAGGGAGGACUGGCUGUGCCAUAUGCUACGUGGAUUAUGGUGCCGUUGGCCGGGUUCGCAAUGGCUCCAAUAUUUAUUACCUUCAUUGUCUGGACUCAGGAGAUCGCCAUGGAUAUUUCUGGUAAAAUGGGCGGGUUCUUCAUAGUUUCAGGAGCCCUUGGUUUCUUCAUCGAUCCACUCUUUAUUGGAUAUCUGAUGGAGAAUAAAUCUCCGCUUUAUUUCAUACACAUCAAUGUGCUCCAAUGUUUGCUCUGCCUGGGAAUAAUGUUGCUUAUCAUAUUUCAAAUAAGCAAGAUUAGAAGUAUACAGAAGAUGAACGUCAUAGUAUAA